CUGUUCCUGGGCCCCUCCCCUAGAACCCUAACUUGACCAAAGUGCUGUUGGAGAGCACACCAUGGCCUCACGGUUGAUCUGCUUUCUGUCGCUGAACCUGCUACUGCUAGAUGUCACUAAGCUCCAGAGUUCUGGACAGAUCUUAAUAGCGCCAAAGAAAGUGGACGCCACAGUUGGCCAGAAGGUGAAUCUGGUAUGCGAAAUGGGGAGCACCACUUCGCUGGGAUGCAAUUGGCUCUUCCAGAACUCCAGCUCCAAAUUACCCCAGCCCAUCUUCAUCGCCUAUUUAUCUUCAACCCAAUCCACGGUAAAGCUGAACGAUGGUCUGGAUCUGCAACUAUUUUCUGCCAAGAGGGAUCGUAACAAGUACAUCCUCACCCUCAAGUUCAGCACGAAAAACCAAGGCUACUAUUUCUGCACAACCUUCAGCAACUCGAUGAUGUCCUUCAGUCCUCUCGUGCCGGUCUUUCAGAAAGGCACCCCUUUUGCAGUGAACUCUACUACUACCAAGCCAGUGCCGCGAGCUGCCACACCAGUGCCCCCUGCCGGGACAUUUCGGCCCCUGAGACCAGAAGCUUGCCGGCCCGGGGCGGGUGGCUCAGUGGAGGGGACAGGAUUAGACUUCGCUUGUGAUAUUUACAUCUGGGCACCCUUGGCCGGAAUCUGCGGGGUCCUUCUGCUGUCCCUGGUCACCACUCUCAUCUGCUACCACAGGAACCGAAGGCGGGUUUGCAAAUGUCCCAGGCCCCUAGUCAGACAGGGAGACAAGCCCAGACCCUCAGAGAAAUUCGUGUAAAAUGGCGCCGCCAGGAAGCCACAACUACUACAUGACUUCAGAGACGUCUUCUUUCAAGAGACCAGGCCCUCCUCCUUCAGAGUUUCCUGCUGUGUUAUAUAUUGUCCUCUGUAUUGUUUUAGUGGGGGUGGGAUGGGGACAGUUUCUUUUUCUUUAUGAAUUCUCUUUGACACAAAACAUACUUGUAUGCGCACAGUGGGGUUAAGAGCAGGCCAUAACACCAGAGCUAGUUCCAGUUUCAGGGUCCGUGUAACUGGUGGCCUUGGCACCUGCUUGAUGAUAUCACUCUCCUGUCUGCCCAUCAUAUAGAAGAAGCUGAAGAUCAGAGACCUGGAGAGAACCCAGGCUGGAGGAACCCUCACCAGCUGGUGCAGGGAUCUCGCCCCAUGCCCUGAGCUCUCUGCUUAGGCAUGUGUCUUCUGUGGCACGCUCGAGUCUCAAGCCACAAGGAGGCAAGUGGCAUGAACCUGUGAUCUGCUCAGCUCUGGCUGUGAGCAUCACAUGUAACAAAUUGAAGACAGGAGAACUGAAGACAGGAGAGCUGCCUUUAGCAGCACCCCUGGACAUCAGAGCUCCCUGUAAGGAGCUGGGAAAUUGCUGGCAGUCUAGUGAAGGGGUAUGGUAAAUCUGGAAAGCAAUCCCCUCUGUCACUGAAGACUGUAGUAGAACCAGGUAAAGCUAUUCAAACCACCACUGUGAAAUUCCUGUAGAUCUGAUUCCUUUGGUUCUUGUACAGCAGAGGUGUUGUGUGACAGAUAAGAUUCUGUACCUGAAGCUGUAGGCAGGCCCUCUCCCAUUUCUAAACAUUAGACUUGGAUGUGCUCCUGGGAUCACCAGCAUCUUUUAUACUUUAUAAACAUCGAAUCCUUGGAGAGCAUUCCUUAGCAUCCUCCCGGAAGGCAGAUGUGAUAAGGCAGAAUUGUUGUGGGCAAAGAGGCUGUCAAAACUGCUGCCCCAGAGAGGAGUUCCUUUCACAGUACCAUAUAAACAACAAAUACUAUGCAAUAAAAACAUGAAGGAGCUAAGAGUCACCCAUGAUCAUCAAUCUAUUGUUACUAUUAUUUUAUACCUGAUUAUUUCCCAUGCAUAUAUAUGUAAAAAAAGAUAUAUACCCUGGGUUUUAAAACGCAACAGUUUUUGUAAGCAGAUUUAGUAAAUAAACAUUUAUAAUAUCACUUAAUGGUUAAAUAGCAUUUCAUAGUUUGGUUGUAACUAUUUAGUAUUAAAUUGUUACAAACUUCCCCCUACUUUUACACUACUAAACUUUGAACAGAUCUCUGGA